GAGUGGGUUGGGUCGGCUUGGAGCCAGCCACACGCACUCAUCGUCAGCGAUGAAAAGCGUCUAGGUGAGGGUGAAGCCGCGUCACUGGAAGCUUGCGCGCUAUUGGAGGCACAAAGUCGCGCACCGGACUCACCAAGCUCUGGAUUAUAGACUCUCCAGUCCAGAUUACCUCCAAAAGGUUCUUCAAGGAUCCGUACACGUUUCUUCAUCUUUCUGAUGCACUACCAGCUCCACUGCCUAGGCUGCCCAGACCAUUGCAUACUCAUCUAAAAGAAAAGGGGGGGCGCAUUGGUGGUGAUUCCGCGGAGCAACACAUACAAUGGCAACGGGUGCCCUCCUGCUUGUCUUUGCGCUGCUUGGUGUUGCAGUUGCUCAGAGGGUUGUGACUGUCCAGAGUGGACCUCUGGUUCGGACCGAAGGUUCCCACGUGACCAUCUGGUGCAACGUAUCGGGCUACAAAAAUGGUGUGAAACAGGACUUUGACUGGUCCAUGUACCUACCAUCGUUGCCAGAACGGGAGAUCCGGAUCGUAAGCACGGCUCAGUCAGACUAUGCUUAUGCUGUGUAUGCCCAGAGAGUGAAUAGUAAGGAGAUCUAUGUGGAGAGACUGAGUGAUGACUCAGCAGUGCUUCACAUCACCAAAGUGCAAGCCAGGGAUCAAGGUGUGUUUGAGUGUUACACCCCCAACACUGACGGGCGGUACCUGGGAUCCUAUAGUGCACGCACCAACCUCACUGUCAUCCCUGACUCGUUGACAGUAACGGCACCUCCCCAGACUUUGUCCAAAGUGGAGGGUGACACCUUACAGCUCAACUGUGAGGUGUCUAGGACCACAAUGCAACACACCCACCUGUCGGUUGGCUGGUUUCUCCGAUCCCCUGAAGAUACAGCUGCCUCACCUCAGGAGCUGGUCACUCUGUCCAGGGACUUUGUCCUGCGCUCUGGAGCACAUUAUAGGCAGAGGAUUGCAGCGGGGGAUCUCAGGCUGGAUAAAACCAGUGCCACAUCCUACCGGUUGACCAUUCACAAGCUUCAGCCAGUAGACCAGGGAUUGCUCUACUGUCAGGCUGUUGAAUGGAUCCAGGAUCCAGACGGAAGCUGGUUUGCGAUGAUCCGCAAGCAGAGUGAAAAAACACAACUUCGCAUACAGCCCACUGAUCGAGACUUCAGCAUCCAGGUGAGCACGGAGCGGCGGUCCUUCGUGGCCGGUGAGCCGCUGGAGCUUCGCUGCACCAUCGAUGCUCAGAAUGUCCCUGAGCGAUUCUUCUCGGUGUCGUGGGUCUUCAGCAGCUCAUCGGUGGCCAUGGUGGGCCCCAAUGCCGUGCCUGUCCUGGGCACUGGAUACAUCGACCGCGAGGCAAAUGGACUCAUGACCGUGCGUAAAGAAAGUCCCAAUGUGCACCUUCUGAAGCUGCAUCGCUUGCGUGUAAAUGACACAGGGAAGUACAUCUGUCGCGUUACGGAGCGAGAAAAGACACCAACGGGGGAUUUCAUUGACCGCAGCAAGAGGUCACGCAAUGUCCAGAUCACAGUUCAGCCAUUCAAGAGUAACAUCUCAGUGUCACUAUCUACCAACUCCUCUGAGGUCCUAGAGGGAGACCGGAUCCAAUUGACCUGCUUAGUCCAGUCUGCCACUGGCCCGGUGUCUGUUGUCUGGCAGUGGACCGACAAACAAUCGGCUGGACCAAUCCAGGAAGUAGCCUCUGUGGAUCGGGAAGGCACUGUCACUCAUGGGUCCAGCUACAGAGAUCGCUCCAGCUAUGGGGAGAUUCGUGUGGAGAGGGUGCGUGCGGACAUGUUCACUCUAUGCCUUUACAAUGCCUUACCUGGAGAUGAGGGUCAAUACCACUGCACGGCUACCCAGUGGGUUCAGUCAGGCACUGAAACUCAGCCAAACUGGGAGAAGACUGGAGAGCAAUCAGCCACCAAAACAGUCACAGUCAAGACUGUUGAGUCUUCCUUUAUGGUGUCGGCCUCAUCGCGGACUCCGUCGAUCACGUUUGGAGAUUCCUUUGACCUCAUCUGUUUGGUCAAGCCUCGCCACAACCCCAGAGUCCCCACAUCGGUCACUUGGCGUUUCAUGCCGGCCAGUGCUCGAGCUGAAGAUGAGGAUCAGGGAGAGUUCAAAGACCUGGUGACAUUCACCCGUGAAGGCACCCUUCAGUGGGGAGAACAGCUGCUUGGGUUGGGCACCCGCACCACCGUGGACCGCUCGCACUCCAACACCAACUUCCGUUUGUCUGUGACCCGAGCAGGGCGAAGUGAGGCGGGAAAGUAUCAGUGUACUGCCAUCCUGUGGAGGAAAAACUACGACAAUAGCUGGAGCAAAGUAGCCAACCGAACCUCCAAUCUGCUUGGCAUCAGCGUCCUGCAACCAGACAGUAAGUUAAAGGUGCAAAAGAACAACCAGUCUCUGGUGUACCAGGAGGACAGCCGGGUCAGGAUCAAUUGCUCCAUCAUCUCCCAGACAAGCCAGAACUCCCAGCAUGCUGUUCUGUGGUACAUACGACGGGCAUCAGGCUCAGAAACUGAUGAACUCCUGCUGAGGAUCGAACGCACGGGGGCCUUUGAGUACGGCGCAUACGCAGAUGAAGAGAGGCUGAGGAGGCGGGUCCAGGCCGAGAGGCUCUCACCUCGACUUUAUGCGCUGACACUGAACAGGGCAGAGGGCAGUGAUUCAGGGACCUAUUAUUGCUUGGUGGAGGAGUGGCUGAGCGACCCGGAUGGAGCAUGGUAUCGACUCUCACGAGAUACCUCGGGGUACACCAGGAUUCAAGUCAAAAAACCAGAGCCUCAACUGCGUGUGGACGAGCUGGAGAAUAACGUGACAGUGGAAGAGUCCAGCUCAAUCAGACUGAGCUGCAGCAUUUUCAGCCAGUCAUCUCCUGACUCCCGUUUUUCUGUUUUCUGGUACGUCGAGCGUUCUGAUGAAGUGGAUAUUGAAGACCAGCCAGGUGAGGAUGAGGAUAAGCGGGACUGUGUGUUUUCCAUCGGCCAUGAUGCCAUUUUUGGAAAUGGAAACUGCAGCCCCCCUGACGACAACGGGCCAAACUCCCGCUAUCAGUUUGAAAGGACUAGUUCUGAUCAGUACAGCCUGACCAUUCACGGAGCUCGACCAGCAGAUGCUGGGCGUUACUAUUGCCAUGUGGAGGAGUGGCUACUCAACCCUCGCAAUGAAUGGUAUCGACUUGCCACCAAUAAUUCUGGCAUCACCAUUGUCAAUGUACUGCAACAAGUGUCUACCAUCCAUUCAGUGGUGUGCUCCAACGAGUCCCUCUUCUAUUUUCUCUUCUUCUACCCUUUCCCCAUCUUCGGCAUCCUCCUCAUCGCCUUACUGGUUGUUCGCUACAAGGGUCGCAGCAACAACAAGAGCCAAGAGGGCAAAAAUGGUGCCCCUCUGCUCUGGAUUAAGGAGCCUCAUCUCAGUUACUCCCCCACCUGUCUGGACCCCCCAGCACUCAGCUUGCACCCUGGCUCGGUUGACUAAGCAAAGCAGGGUCCAAUCCCCGCCCCUUUUCCUGCCUCACGCACAUUGCGGACUCAGCCGACACAAUGCCAGGGAGCCUUUUGUGGACUCCGCCUACAGAUAAUACUGUUGUUCAAAGCCGUGUUGAAUUAGUCAAUGAGUUUAAAGAUUUCUAGCCUGGAGGCUGUUUGUUUUUAUGUUGACGAAUGUGUGUUUGUGUGCGUGGCCGUGCUGACAGGGAUGGAUGUACCAUUUCAGCACAAAUAAUUGUGAGAGGGCAAAGCGAAGGGCGAGAGAGAGCCGUGAACCUCUCCCGAUUUCUGUAAAGCCUAAUCCUAUAAUUACGUUUGAUUUCUAUUUCAAUAAAUAUUUAUCUGUUUUUUAAAAGUGGUGGAAUGAAGCAGAAAAGAACGCAGGCCAGUCUUUGAAAAACAUAUAAAGUGAACUCAGCAGGCAACUCCAGCAUUAUACGGGAUGCCAAAAAAGUCUUCAAACUGAUCCAAGUGCAGCCACAGCCUAGCCUCCUAUCCUGGUUCCCAUAGCAAUGCUCUGCUCCCACUGACUUCGUAGCUGCCGGCUCCGUUGCCAGGCUGCAUGGAGACAAAGGCUAGGACACACAAGUCUGUGUCCUAAACGAGUUUGUGUGUCGGCCCACCUGCCUUCACAAUGGAUUCGCCUUGGCAGACUGAAACAAGUCCUGGUGAGCCACUUAAACAGUGCCAGACACUCUGGCCCAAGCGAAAGACUACCCUGCUCUUCUUCUCCACUAUCCUCCUCGAAAAAGAGCAAGGGAAAGUAAAGAAGACUGAAAACUAUUGCAAAUAAUUGAAAAGGUCUCUUUUAUUGAGGACGUAUCCACAUAAACAAAAGUAAUUUUAAUUUUAUUUUAGUGCCAAGUGCUCCUCAUUUCCAUGCUGUCAUCUGCAGCUAAAGUUUGAAGUUUUUAGACAGUUGGAAAGCUGAUCAGUUCAGAGGCAGGCGAAUUGAAACGCCUGCAUAUGUCCCGCUGUGGAUCCAUGGGCCUUUUGGGCAGUUGAAUCCUAGAUAAGAUUAACUUUUUUGAUUCAAUUAACUGAGAUACUGAAUGAAAUUCCAUUUUUGCACAUUUUCUUUAGUUUCCUUUUAAUUUCUUUUAAUUUUUUCUCCUUUUUUUUGUUUUUGUUUGACAGAUAGGCCACAUUAAAGAUUAUUUAUCUGUAGAAGUGUCAUAAAACACUACCAAAAAUUUUACCUGGACAUGAUUUGAUGAGAAUAAAUGUUUGAUUUUGACAUAUUUUCUAUUUAUUGUUUUAUACUUUUUUUGCAUUGCUUUUUAUUAUGAUGUUUUCUUUUUUUCCCCUUAUUCUUAUUUCUUUAACAUUUAAUACUUUGUGGAUUGAGCACAUUAUAUGAAUAGCCUGUAUGUUAAAAAUGUGGUAGAAGUAGAAAUGCUAGAUCUGUCCUGCGCAUUGCAGUUUGUAGCAUUUCAUUACCAGGCUGUCAGGUUCUUCAGUGUCAGAACACUGUAUAUCUAUACAUAUAAGAAUAUGCUGUGGCUUUUAAGUGUACAAUAGUUGAACAGACAAGUCACAUAAAUUGAUUCACAUCUAUGCUUUUUUUGCUUGUUUAUUUAGUGAAAUGUGAUGUAACACCUUCUUAGGUAGUUCAGCUAAAACUUGGGAUGUUUAAGUUCUUCUUUUUUUUUUUUUUUUUACAUGGAAGCUGGCUCCCUAAUAUUUGUGAUGUAAAGCAGGAGGGCUGACAGCUGUGCCACUUUCUCAGCCCAGAGAGGUGAAAUCUUCUGCGUAACCUGUGCACUGCCAGACUGGACAUGAGAUCUCUUGAGAAAAAAAAAAAACUGUCUCAGUUGUGUCAACAUGUAUAUUGCAUGACAAUGUUACGGGGGGAAUUUUGAUGUUUUGUAAAGUUUCGAACAUUUUGAGCUUUGUGUUUUUGUGACGGAGCUGACAACUCCCCUCCCACUCCUCUUUCCUCCCGACCUUCCUGAGCCAAGAGCUGAUGCAGUGUCCAGUCCCUCCCUCAUCUUCAAUAUUUGACUGCCGGUCCAAUACGCCCUUCCAACCUCUUUAAAUAGCUGAUUUUAAGAAUGGUGUUGUGGAGAUUGUGUUUGAUAUUAUUGCUCAUAAAUGUCUUUUUAAUGCUUUGCUUUUAUGCAGCACUUCAUUAAACAGAUUUAUGUCAAUAAAAACCAAAAUGUGUUCCCAG